CUGUUGCUUGUGUCCGACAAACAGUGCAGGAAACUGAGCCUUGGCAGUAGUGGGGGAAGGGUCUGCCGUGCAAGGGGCGCCGGCCGCCACCAUCUCAUUCUGUUGUAACUGCCGCCGCCUCGUUCGCUGUGUAAAAUGUCAAACAUAGACAAUACAAAUGGACAAAAAAAUAGUGAGCAAAGUGAACAUCCGACGCGCCGUGCUCGGCACCUGCGUCGUGCUGGCCGCCGACGGCGGCGCCAGCGGCGGGGCGCGGCCCCGUAAGGUGACCAUCACCCUCCUCCGGCGUCGGGGGUGCUGGCGAGCCCUCAGCUCGCGGAGGGUGGCCGUCUUCGCCUUCCCGGAGGCGUCCGGCUACAUCUCCGUCCCUGCCCCGCUGGACCUGGAGUACCUCUUCAGGUGCAGCGGCAAGGCAGACGCCGCAGCCAUGCAGAUCAAGAUCUGUGUGGCGUACUUCCGCGGUGCCACUCGCAAGGCCCGCGUGAGCCUGGAGGAAUUCCUCGAGGUGCUGCUGCAUGGAGGCCGACCUGGCAGUUUCCACCUGUACAUCUACGAGGACAAGGUCGGCCUCCUGCAGGCCAGUCAGCAGUUCCAGGCUCUUCCAACAACAUGGCCGCUGGAACAGAAAACUGGCAAAGAGAAGAAGGCCACUGACGAUGAUGCCACCUACAAUGAGUGGAAAGAUUACCUGGAUAAGGUGUUCUCGGUGGACGAUGAUGAAGAAAACACCGACAAUGAUGUUGACACCGACAAUGAAUGGAAAGUUUACCUGGAGAAGGUAUUUUCUGUGGAAGAUAACGACCAAGCCGAGGUGGCCCACGAGGAUGCCACCGACUAUGAGUGCAAGGAAGAGGUGCUUUCGGUGGACGAUGAUGUAGCAAACACCGACGAUGAUGACGACACCUACAAUGAAUGGAAAGUUUACCUGGAGAAGGUAUUUUCGGUGGAAGAUAACGACCAAGCCGAGGUGGCCCACGAGAAUGCCACCGACUAUGAGUGCAAGGAAGAGGUGCUUUCGGUGGACGAUGAUGAAGAAAACACCGACAAUGAUGACGACAACUACAAUGAAUGGAAAGUUUACCUGGAGAAGGUAUUUUCGGUGGAAGAUAACGACCAAGCCGAGGUGGCCCACGAGAAUGCCACCGACUAUGAGUGCAAGGAAGAGGUGCUUUCGGUGGACGAUGAUGAAGAAAACACCGACAAUGAUGACGACACCUACAAUCAAUGGAAAGUUUACCUGGAGAAGGUAUUUUCGGUGGAAGAUAACGACCAAGCCGAGGUGGCCCACGAGGAUGCCACCGACUAUAAGUGCAAGGAAGAGGUGCUUUCGGUGGACGAUGAUGUAGCAAACACCGACGAUGAAGACGACACCUACAAUGGUCGGAAGGUUCUCUCGGAAACGGUGCUUGUGGAUGAAAAUAACGACCUUGACGAGGCAGUCCACGAGGCUGAGGAAGCCGCUGACAUGGAUGGCACUGCUGAAAACGAGGCCUUUGGUGACUCUGUCGCAGAAGAGAAGGAAGCCUCUGGUGACGCUGCCGCAGAAGAGGAGGCUCCAGAGCUUGGGGAAGCCUCUGGUUCCGCCGCCGCAGAAGAGGAUGUCCCCGAGCUUGAUGAAGCCUCUCGGAGCGGUCACAGUGCCACAGACAGGGAGUUUUCCCUUCAGGGCGACGCCCCUUCACCAGUGGCCGUCUCUGCCGCCUCCGCCACAGCUUCCCACGCUUACCGCAGCCUCACCGUGCCUCACAGAUUCAUGGCCCGCCUCACAGGUCCCAGCAUCCGCCUGCUGGAGGAUCUGGAGCGAAGCCAUGACGUCAGCAUCGUGCGGGUCAGGCGAACCCUUCACAUCAAGGGCCACAGAGACGCCGUCCUGCAGUGCCACCGCCACAUGCGCGGCGAGAUCGCCGAGUGGAGGAAGCAAGAGGCCGCUGAUGCUGCUGAGGCUCAGUAAGCGACCUGCUGACAUGUCUGUGACCCGUGACGGCCUCGUUGACAGUGUUUCUUAACGUUUCUCUUUUCUUAUCUUUUCUCUUAA